GAAGGAAAGAAAGGAGCAGAGUUUCUCAUUAAGAAAUCUAAAAGUACAACCAGCUCUCUCUUCCCUAGACGCUAACUAAUCGUCGAUCUCAUAUGUCUCACUGAUCACUCCUGUUCAGAAAACCAAUCAAGCCGAGCUGUUUUCAAUUUGCUCGGUCCAGUGCUUGUUUCAUGUCCACAGGCUUGGGAAUGUUCUGCACAUAAUCCCCCGUUGCCGGGCGUGCUAGACACCUCUGCCACCAAUCAUUAACCAUCUCCCGUUUGGUAAUGAGGUCUCCAUGUCCAACAUCAAUCAGCUUCGCAACAGCAGGAAUAUAGAAGAUAUCCGCCAGACCGAAGGUGUCGCCCGCCAUGUACUCCUUGCCAGCCUUGAAGGAUUGCUCGCACAGGUCCAGGUGCGACUCCAGUUGGGAUUUCACCUUCGCGACAGCGGCCUCGUCCACCGGCUGGUCGAAGAGGAAGCGGUUGCCGUACGAUUGUUACGGAAGCUCUUCCGCGGGAGCGUCGAAGUAGCACAUCUCGAGGCACACGGCUUGUCCGAAUCGCGCGAGAGCCAAGGCAUCCUUGGUAUCCGGGAGCAGAUCUGUGAAGUUGUAGCGUGUGGCGAUGUAUUUCGCCAUUGGGCGAGACUCGUAAAGAUGGUCUCCUUCCGGGGUUGUGAGAACAGGAAAUUUUCCCAUCGGGUUCAUGAGGAGAAAGCUGGGAUGCUGCGCCAAAGGGACUCUAGUUGCUGUCUUCCACUUUUGUUUUUCCCUUAUCUUUCUUUUAUGGGACGGUCCGACGGAGGAGGACGGCAUCCAUGUCGGUUACAUACCUUAUGUGCACCUUUCCGGAAGUCAACAUUGACAUAGUCAUAGUCCUUCAGGCCACCCUCAGCGGCCGUGAGCAGCACGAUAUCCGAGUAUGGCGAGGCUAUAUUGCCGUAGAUCUUGAGCUUGCCUGCCAUGUUCCCUCGUUGCCACUUGAAGUGGUCGACUUUCUUAAUCUUUUCCUUGCAGAGAGAUCGGGAUGGCGGAUAUCUGGAUGUCAGGGCUGGCGAAGGGCCCCGUUAGUCUUUAUGUGGCACACGCCGACACCUUUUGCGCACUCUUCUCCGUCCUGUCUCCGAUCUGUAAUGCAAUGCACAGCCUUUUGCUAUGACUCGACACUCAGUUCUCCGCUCCGUAUAAACCUUCUGAAGAGGAUAGCAAGGCUAGGGAAGGGAGUUGCGCAGCUUGUCUGCCAUAUCGACUACUCGGGGAAGAUUCAGGUACCCUUCGCUUUGACUUCAAUUUGCGCUCUUAGACGAGACAUCGAGAGCGCGAUUGCCUGA